AUGUUUCCCUCUUCCUACACCGCACUCUCUUCUUCUUCUUCUUCUUUGUUCUUCUUCUUGAUUUCUCUCUCAUCACGCCUGUUUGGAUCCAUGGAUAAGGUUAAACUCGUGAAGAAUGGAGUACUUAGAUUGCCACCUGGAUUCCGAUUUCAUCCCACUGAUGAGGAGCUUGUUGUUCAAUACCUCAAGAGGAAAGUCCUUUCUUCUCCUUUGCCAGCUUCCAUCAUUCCUGACUUCGAUGUUUGCAGAGCUGAUCCUUGGGACUUACCUGGCAAUUUGGAGAAGGAGAGGUACUUCUUCAGCACAAGGGAAGCUAAGUACCCAAAUGGGAACCGGUCCAAUCGAGCAACCGGUUCCGGUUAUUGGAAAGCUACCGGUAUUGAUAAACGGGUUGUGACCUCUAGAGGAAAUCAAAUCGUUGGUUUGAAGAAAACUCUUGUAUUUUACAAAGGCAAACCACCUCAUGGCUCCAGAACCGAUUGGAUCAUGCACGAAUAUCGCCUCUCUUCUUUUCCUCCGAGUUCCAUGGGUCCCACUCAGAACUGGGUUCUUUGUCGUAUCUUCCUGAAAAAGAGAGCCGGUAAUAAGACCGACGAUGACGACGGAGAUAACCGGAAUCUCAGAUAUAGUGAUAACAGUAGUAACUCGAAUGAACAAAUUGAAAUAGUUACAACAAACCAAAGCGAGGAAGAUAAAACGAAACCAGUCUUCUUCGACUUUAUGAGAAAAGAAAGGACAACGGAUUUGAACCUUUUGCCGAGCUCUCCUUCUUCCGAUCAUCCUUCCAGUGGGGUCACGACGGAGAUCUUCUCUUCCGAUGAAGAGACCAGUAGUUGCAAUAGUUUCAGAAGAAAUCUUUAA